AGACAAUUCGCGCCCAAUUCCUACUGAGAGAGGGAAAAAGCGGGAAACCUCUUCUCCAACGCACCUUACGAAGAGAAGCCCAGCCUCCGCGCCUAGUCUCCUUCAUUUCCCGUCGUCACAUCAGAGUAAAAGCACGAAAAUGCAGUUGAUUCUCAAGAAAUACUUCGGCUAUUCGGACUUCCGACCUUAUCAAAAAGAGAUCAUUACAGAAAUCUUAAAUGGAAGAGAUGCCUUGGUGGUUAUGGCUACUGGCAGUGGAAAGUCUUUAUGCUACCAAAUUCCUCCCUUGGUUACGGGAAAGACUGCUGUCGUCAUAAGCCCUCUUUUAUCUUUGAUGCAGGAUCAGGUAAUGAGUUUAAAGCAACGGGGUAUCAAAGCUGAAUAUCUUGGAAGCACUCAGAGGGAUUCCUCUGCCUCCUCUAAUGCUAUGCGUGGUGAAUUUAGCAUUUUGUACAUGACUCCGGAGAAGGCUUGCUCACUUUCUCCCAAGUUCUGGUCCGAUUUAUUAAACACGGGGAUUUGUUUGUUGGCUGUUGAUGAAGCACAUUGCAUAUCGGAAUGGGGCCAUGAUUUCAGGAAGGAAUACAAGCAGUUGGACAAGUUGCGUGAUUUUCUUUUGGAUGUUCCUUUUGUCAGCUUAACAGCAACUGCCACUGAGAAGGUGCGAAUGGAUAUUGUUAACUCCUUGAAGAUGAAACAACCUUACAUUGCAAUUGGUUCCUUUGAUCGUAAAAAUCUUUUCUAUGGUGUGAAAUCUCUCAGCAGAUGUCUUUCAUUUGUUGAUGAGCUUGUUGAAGAAAUCUCAAAAAAUGUUGCUAGUUCUAGCUCUACUAUCAUCUAUUGCACAACAGUCAAAGAUACUGUGCAGGUUUUUGAGUCACUUCGAGAUGCCGGGAUCAAGGCUGGAAUUUACCAUGGUCAGAUGGCUAGUAAAGCUCGUGAGGAGUCCCAUAGAUCAUUUAUUAGUGAUGAGCUGCAUGUCAUGGUUGCAACUAUUGCUUUCGGCAUGGGUAUUGAUAAACCAAAUAUAAGGUGUGUGAUACACUAUGACUGCCCAAAGAGUCUUGAGUCUUAUUAUCAGGAAAGUGGACGUUGUGGUAGAGAUGGCAUAGCUUCUAUCUGUUGGCUGUAUUAUACUAGAAGUGCAUUUGCAAAAGCAGAUUUCUAUUGUGCAGAUGCUCACACGGAAAAUCAAAGAAAAGCUAUUAUGGAGUCUUUGAUGGCUGCACAAAAAUAUUGCUUGCUGGCAACUUGCCGAAGAAAGUUCUUAUUAGAGUACUUUGGGGAGAGAGUCACUUUUGGAAACUGUGGUAAUUGCGAUAAUUGCACCAGCACCAAAAGGGAAAGAGACAUGUCGACUGAAGCGUUUUUGUUAUUGAACUGUAUACAAUUAUGUGGAGGUCGCUGGGGUCUCAACAUGCCUAUAGACGUUCUUAGAGGAUCCCGUUCAAAGAGGAUUCUUGAUAAUCAUUUCGACAAGCUUCCAUUGCAUGGGCUUGGGAAAGAGCACUCAUCAAAUUGGUGGAAAGCACUUGGAGAUCAACUGAUGGCCCAUGGUUAUUUAAAGGAGACUGUUCAUGAUUUAUAUAGAACUGUAAGUGCCAGCCCAACUGGGGUGCAGUUUCUUCAUGCUUCAAGUAGUGCACAUCAACCACCAUUAGUUUUGCCCGUCACUACUGAAAUGGUUGAUGAGGAGGAACAUAGAAGUUCACACGUUAAAGUUGAAGGAGAUCUUCAAAAUUUAGCUGCUUUAGAGUGUGAAGGCUUUUCUGAGGCUGAGGCAAAGCUCUAUCACAUGCUUUUGGACAUGAGAAGUGAUCUUGCUAAAGGCACUGGAACAGCACCGUAUGCUAUAUGUGGUGAUCAAACAAUAAAAAAGAUUGCAAAGACAAGGCCAUCCACUAAAGCUCGAUUAGCAAACAUUGACGGCGUCAACCAGCACCUGGUAACAAUGUAUGGUGAUAAGAUUCUUCAACAUAUUGGCCGUUUAUCACAAGAGCUGAACCUUUCGCUGGAUGGGGAGGCAACAAUUCAAACUGCUAUGACGAAAAAGGUUUAUCCAAAUUCUCAGAGAAAAUUAGCACCGGCAAAGUUUGAAGCAUGGAAAAUGUGGCAAGAGGAUGGGCUUUCAUUUCAGAAAAUUGCUAAUUUCCCUGGGAGAGCAGCUCCAAUAAAAGAACAGACAGUUUUUGCAUACGUCCUUGAAGCUGCUCAGGAGGGAUUUGAAGUCAACUGGGCCAGAUUUUGUGAGGAGAUUGAUUUAACAGCUGAAAUAAUCACAGAAAUUCAAGGUGCUGUUGUUAAAGUUGGAUCAAGAGAAAAGUUGAAACCGAUCAAAGAUGAGCUACCGGAACACGUGACUUACACACACAUCAAAGUGUACUUGGCAAUGCAGGACCUUGCUGUAUCAACAAAAGGAAUUCCAGGGUCUUCCCAACCUUUGAUGAAAACAGGUCACAUUCCUGUUGGAUCUUCGGAAUCUUUACCUAUGGAUAAAUGUACCAGUGAUGAAUCAGAAAUUUAUCAUAAACGAGAAGUAUCGAUUGCAAAUACCGAGGCUUCUCAUUCAUCAGAUGGAAAUCUCAUGCACCGUGUUCUGCCAACAAUGUGCAGAACUGGGACAGUAGCUCAUACAAAGCAUCCCCAAAGAGACGAGUCCUCAGUUGAUGAAAUUCCCAUGAAUAAAUGCCAAAGAGUCAACAACCCUGAGCAAGAAAACACUGCAUUGGAGGCAACAGAGAGUGCUCUCUUGGAGUGGAUUGGCAGCCAUGAUGUGGGGAUUUCCCUGUCUGAUAUCGUGGAGCACUUCAAGGGAAGCAGGAAAGAUUCUGUGGUUGAUCUGUUGAGCUUCCUUGAGGGCGAGUUUUUAAUUUUUAGAAAGAAUGAUCUGUAUAGAGUAAUGUAAGUAAUGAAUUAUAUGGCUGGAAGGAGCUUUUGAUUUGUAUUUAAAAUUUUAUUUUGACAUGGUCAUAUAUGCCCAUGAACAUUUACUGCAUGGUUGGCAUUUUGCCACAUUUCUUGUGAAAAUUAAGAGACAAAUUAGAGUUCAA